AUGUACAGUCAGGCCGCGGGACCAAGCGGACUGGGAUUUUGGGACCACCGAAGGCUCUCCUCUUCGGGACCAACUGUGGGGGGGAGGGGAGCGGAGGGUGGGGGGCACCCGCGGCACCACCGCCAGUUCGCCCUGGCACCUCGCCGCGGUCACAGAUGGGGUUUUCCGCCGAGUGUUCUUAGUUCACUGUCGUCUGUCUGUUGUACGUCUGUCUGCCGGUUAGCAAGGAAUAUGAUCAUAUCCAAGGACCUCUUCCUCCUCGGGGAUCAGGACUACCUCCGCCUUCCCAAGGACGAGAAGAGGGCGAUGGCUAGGCCGACAACCACCAAGAACCUCAGGUCAGUGCCUCAUCUUUGUCUGCAUCCUCACUAGACAGAGACACCAUGCCUGGAGAACCAGGUACAUCCUCCUCAAAGACCUCUGGAGCUCAUCUUCACCGGACUCACGGUCAACAUCGACAAGAGGCCGAUUCUCAAAGAUGUCUCGGGAUUCGUAAAACCAGGACAGCUCCUUGCCGUUAUGGGGCCAUCUGGUUGUGGAAAGACUACACUGCUCAAUUGCCUGGCCGGCCGGGUCAAACUGGACGCAGGCAGUAUCAGGCUCAACAGGGAGAGGUUAAACAAGCGGUGGAAGAGGAGGAUAUGCUACGUCCUCCAGCAGGACAUCUUCUUCCCCGACCUCACUCUCAGGCAAACUCUGGAGUACGCCGCCCUGUUAAGACUGCCAGAUUCCCUCUCGCACUCCCAGAAGAUGCAGUACGUGGACCACAUCAUCGACGUCUUGGACCUCGGAAAUUGUCAAGACACGAUUAUCGGUGACUACCUGAAACGUGGUCUCUCUGGAGGUGAGAAAAAGAGGGCUAAUAUUGCCUGUGAAUUGCUCACGAAUCCUUCGCUCAUGCUACUCGAUGAGCCUACGUCUGGCUUGGACUCCCAUUCAGCAUAUUCUCUGAUGUGCUGCCUGAAGCGCUACGCAGAGAAGGAAGGGAAGACAGUUGUUGUGACGGUACACCAACCUUCUUCUCAGAUAUUCCAUAUGUUCGACAAACUCCUCCUGCUUUGUAAUGGACAAACAGCUUAUUUCGGUGACACAAAUAGUGUUGUAGACUUUUUCAACAACAUUGGACUGACUGUAAUGCCACACUAUAACCCAGCUGACUUCAUCCUCGAGCAAGUAAAAGGAAGCGAAGAAAUGAAAGAAAAAAUCAUUGCUGCAUCGAGAGAAGCAAGGUUGAGAGCCGACUACCCCCAUGAACUCCUACCUGACUAUUUCAACCCCACCAUCUGUGAUAAAUUCCUCAAUAAUUAUCACGAAACUCAGAUCCACCAGUCUAACGGUCAAGUUGGCAGUGGUUGUGGCUGUCAGCAGGAAAUGUGGUCAAGGAAUGGAAACACUCAAACCGGGCAAGAUCCAGUUUGCGUGACGGUUGCACUUGGUGAAACCACCGAGUCUCAUGGAAACGUUUACACAACCAUAGCUGUUAAAGAAGAUGAAGGGAAAACACUGUGGUUAGACAACCAAAGCCAUGCUUCUUCAUCAGUCAGUAGUAGUGAUGAUGAUGUCAGUUGGCAAUGGCCGACAACUUUCUGGACGCAGUUUAAGGUGUUGAGCCAGCGGAACUUCCAGGAAGCUAGGCCGCGGAUGUUGUCGACGCUGAACUGGGUCCAGACGAUAGGAUUGUCCAUAAUGGCAGGUCUUCUUUGGUUCCAGCUUCAACGUACGGAAGAGUCCCUCCAUGAUAUACAAGGAUGGAUGUUUUUCUCUACUACUUACUGGAUGCUCUUUUCACAUUUUGGUGCUCUCUCAUCAUUUCCACCGGAGAGAGAGGUUAUAAACAAGGAGCGACAGUCAGGAGCGUACAGGCUGUCGGCUUACUAUUUGGCCAAAAUGGUAGGAGAACUGCCGCUAACUAUUACACUCCCUGCGGUGUACCACAUCAUCUCUUACCCAAUGCUGGGCCUCCACAGUACGACUGUCUUCGUCACUCUUCUAGGCUUCCUCCUCCUUAACACUAUAGUUGCUCAGAGUGUCGGAUUCUUUGUGGGUGCAUGCUGUAUGGAUAUGCAGGUUUCUAUAACAAUCUCAGCGCUCUAUACACUUGCUACACAACUUUUUGGUGGUUAUCUGGCAACUAAUAUACCACCAUGGUUGAAGUGGAUGCAGUAUCUCAGCAUGGUGCAUUAUGCUUACCAAAACAUGCAAAUUGUUGAAUUCAGUGAAGGUGCUCAGAUUCAGUGCGCUCCUCAAUCUAAGUUUGAAGUGUGUAAGAACUCAAGCUACAUUCCAGUUUCAGCCAUUUUGGAGCAGGAAGGUGCCAGCCUUCCACUGUGGGCUAACACGCUCGUCCUCCUCCUAUUCCUCGUAAUAUUCAGGCUUCUCGGCUAUAUCGUUCUCAGGUACUUCAGGCGACCCAAAUGAGGUGUUCUACUUUAUUCGUUGUUUUUAAUCGAAAUUGGCUGUGUUUCUUCUUUAUUAUUAUUUUGUAUUUUUUCGUUUUAUUUUGUUUUCCUCUGUCUCUUCUUCCUGUUAUUCCUCUCGUCUACCUGUUCCUCAGCUGAUCCUUUGAGAGAGAGAGAGUAAGAGAAAGAGAGAGAGAAUAUGCUAAAGAGUGCCGAGUGCCUUCUCAUCGCUGUGCCAACAUGUUUCCCUGCUCCUUUUCAAUUUUUACAAUCCCAAAAAUGUGUUCGAAUUUUUAUUAAUUGUAAAUUUGUGAGUUAUAUAAUUAUGAGGUUUUUAAAGUAAUUUUUAAAUUAGAUAUAAUAUCCAAAAUAUGGAAAAGAUAUAUAUCAUGAAUGAAAAUUUUUUAUGUAAAUAAAUUGAUUAAUUACAAUAUAAAAGUAAAAUAAAUUUGUAUUUGAAUAUUGUGUGUGAAAUCCCACCUUGUAAUUAGUCAUCCAAGUUUUACUUGGCCGUUUAGUUAAGCUACUGCCAAGAGAGGGUGGAAUCCAUAUUAUUUUAAUAUUAUCACUAUUAUAUUGUAACUAUUAUUGUAAACAACUGCCUUCUCUGUUGUGUAAAAUCUUUAUAUUUUAUCAAUUUUAAUUAAAUUUAGGUAUUAGACUUUUAUUUAUCUUUAGUAUGAUAAAAGCUUCAAAUGUGAUCGAGAAUUUAAUUGUAUUACUAAUGUGUAAAUUGUAUGAUGGUGAUAAAAUAUUUGAAUAUGUUUAAAAGGAGGAUGUGUGUAUAACUCAAGUAUAAACCGCUAUAUGUAUCAUAAAGCACUGAUUGAAAUUCUGAAUUAUGUAUACAUUAAUACUGAUGGUGGUUUUCGCUAUUAGAGGUAGUUAUUUGUUUAUUGAUAUGUUUUAUUGUUUAUAUAAUUAUGUAAUAUUACAUAUAAAUAAAAGAAUUUAUAAAACUGGUCCAAUGUAAUAUAUUAUGUGUAUAGCUUGUACAAAUGCUGUAAGGACCGAAUGCCUAAGACAGUGCAGGAUAUUUUGUAUAUGAGUCAAUGUAACUUAUUAUAUUGCUUUUGUCUGUUAGGGUAGUUUUGUUUUUUAAUUAUUUUUUAGUUUAUUUUUUAUUUAUCUUUAUUUCUUUUUUUUUUUUUUGGAGAUUUAGACAAUCACUAUUUUUCUUCUAAAUUGAAAUUGACCAUAUUCCCAUAUUCCAUGUUAUACAUUCUGAUAUUCACUUGAACUAAAAUUAUAUAAAAUAUUCCUAUUAUCGACAUUUUGUAUUUCGAUGUAAUAUAACUUAUAACGUAAAAUUUAAUUUCCUUUGUAUACGGUAUUAAUCAAACAUUUUUGAUAAUCUUUUUUAAGAAAUAUGAAUCUACUAUGUUCAUAUGUAAAAACAAAAAAAAAAUAUAAAUAUAUAUGAAUGAAGAUGUAAAAAAAGGAAAAAAAAAAUGUGUUGGCUCUCGAUAAGCAAAGAUAAAACCUAGUCUGUAUUGCCUUUUUAUUUACAAAAGGAUUCUUGUAACUAUUUAUUUUAAAUAGUCUUAUAUUUAUUUAUACUUUGCUGUUCCACUGAUCCUAACAUAUAUGCUGAUUAACGACAUGUAUGGUCUAGAUCUCAAUAAAGACCAAGAUAAAAAUUUGUCUCUGUUUAAUAUUAUCUACUUUCCUAAUAUAACAUCCAUUCGUCUGUACGAAUCACUAAAUUUCAUUAAGCUUUUCUUGUAAAUUAAGACUUGCUAUAUUUAUAUGGCACAAAAUAUCUAAUUUUCCUAGACUAAGUGUUUUAGUUUUUACAUAGUAUUUUCAUCUUUUACUUUAUCUAUGUAAAAAAAAACUUUUAAUAUUUGUUAGAUUAUUGUAAAUAAUUUGAAUAGAUUAUUUUAUUGAAC